AUGAUCCGAGACAGUGGAUGUGAGCAAAGCCCUGGCUCCUCAUCGAUCUCCUCUUCGGCAAGACACGAAAAUGAAGGAACUCAACCGGGCACCGCACUCAAAUCCACUCGGAUUGUCUCAUGGAUGGAAGGGGGAGUGGCCUCUCCCUCGACCUUUCCCCCUCAGCAUCCCCAAUUCUCUUCCCUCUCCUCUUCAUCCGACUCCGGCCAUUCAUCGCCUUCUCCCUCUCAUUGCCAAUCUAUCUCUCGUACGAUUCCAAUUCCCAGUCAAACACCAAUUCCGCACACUUUGCGCUACUCGGCUGAAGAUUUGGCAAUGAAAACAGCUUUGGCUUUCUCUUGGGAUGUUCAGUUUGCCGGCUCAUUCCCAAUCUCUUCAACGGAUCCGGAAAAAGUUGGGCAACGAUUGGAGAGAUUUCGACCACAAACAAUUCCAAAAUCCGUUCAACUCUCCGUUUCUUUACUUGGCGUUCGUGUCUCGCAACAAGAAAAUGUUCUCAUGGCUCACUCAUUGCGUCGAGUGUGCAGCGUGAUCGCGAGACCGUCAAAGCGACAAGUGGCUUACAUAGCGAUGGAGCCAACUGGUCAAGUUUAUCGUCGUCAGUGCCACGUUUUCCUCACUCAUCAAGCGUUUCAGGUUGAAGAGAUCGAGUCAGUGCUGGGAAACGCGUUUCAAGCAGCUCUCUUGCGUGCGAGUCAGCGACGAUCAGAGAAAGAUCGCCAUUCUGCCACAAUUCAACCCAUCAAAGUGGCGAAACCAUCCGAGCCACAACAACAAAUUCAUUCAAAACAACAAAGGCUCACCAUUGUCACAUCUACACCAACAUUGGAGAUGCCAUUAGAGACUCGUCAACGGGUUUCAUCAACAGCUUUCCUCUCAAGACUUCUCGGAAAAGGGAAAGAAGCGGUGAUCGAAGAUGCAAAAGCGAAAAGGAAACGGCGUCCCGUUAGCGCUGUCUUCUCGAGUGCCAUUCAUCGUUUCGCAAGCACCGCUAAUGUUAAAGAUUCAAAAAGGCUGUCCACCGCCGAGCUCACACGGCCUUCGCUGACUCCAUUGCGCGUGCAGAACAAGAACUUCGAGGCAAUCAAAUCACCGCCUCUAGCCGAGCCAGAAGACACCACCUCAACAGGAACUCAAACCACCGCUCGCACCUCAUCAACCCUUCCAAAAGAGCCAGUCAUCAUCUAUGAUGAGAAAUUAGGUGAAUACGUUUACCCAAUGGAUGAGAUGCUCGAGAAACAGCUUGAACAAGUCGCCUAUUUUUGUCGUUUACCCCCAAAAGAUGUGUUGAUGUUGAAUCUUUUGGCGCAUCCAGAAGGCGCUUUUGUUGUUCGAUAUUCGGAAAGUCGGAGAAGCUUGGCACUAUCUGUUCGAGUUCCCUAUUCGCAUAAUGUGAACGGCGUUUCGAACUAUUUAAUCGUCAGAAACGAGAAAGGCUUUAAAAUAAAGUGUGGCAUUGCUGAGAAAUACUUCCCAUCACUUCAAACCCUCGUCACGCAUCAUUCAGUGAUACAAGAACAACUCCCUUGCCGCUUAUUGUUCGUUCAAUGGAAACAAAGUGAUUGGAAAGCACAGAAGAAAGAAAGAGACACAAAAGAAAUGAAAGAAUUGAAAGUGAUUGAUGAAGAUGGAGAAGAGAAACAAAAUAGGAAUAGCAAGAUCUAUCUUAUCGAGUGUGAUGAAAAUCGAAAUACUUGUUACUUUGAUGAGCCUCCCUUUAAAGCCAACUAUUUACAAAUGAAUCGCGAUCACGAGUUAUUGUGGAGUACAACAAUGACAACUCCUAAAUCAAGGAGAUCUCGUCAAUUCACCGACUCAAAGCGGCGCUCGCGUUUCGUCGAACUCGAGCAAUUG